AUGAGCAAGUUCCAGCAAUUGAGUGAGGGCCAAGAGAGAUCACUUGUUGAGAAGGUUGACCUCAGACUAGUAUUGGCAAAAGAUGAUGCUAAAUUCGAGCAGACUUUGAACACUUUUUUGCCGCCUUUAUUAUUAAAGCUAGCCUCACCUUAUUCAUCCGUUAGGGAAUUGGUUUAUGAGUCCAUAAAACAUAUCACGUCGAGAGUCAAUUCUCAUUUUCGCUGUAAGCUUCCGGUGAGGCAGCUAUUGCAACAAGUUAAAAAGCCAAAUCUGAAUGAAGGUCAGGACGCUACCAAUGUUAUUGUUUAUUCGUCGUUUUUCCUUUCCAAAGGGGUAGAAAGAAUAAGUAGACAGGAAUCAAGAGAGCUUUUGCCUGAUAUAAUAGAAGAUAUUUCCAACUUAUCAUCACCAGCACAAACAAGAAUAUUUCACAUUCUGUGUAAAGUAUUGUUGACAUGGAAAGCUCCUUUGCAAGGUUCCUCAGAGGAAAGAGAAACGAUAGACUUUUUAAACGUAAAUGAUUCUGAUUUAAGAUUUUUGGUUGAAAAAUUCUUGAAGUUUUUUCUAUUGGUUCCCAAGAGAACAGAAGGUAGCUCAGUUUCCUACUUUUGUCCGGGUCUCUCUAGCACUGAUGUGUCAUUUUUCAUUUAUAGCCCUGCCAUAUACUUCACCAAAGACUUGUUAAACCAAUACAGAAGGGCAAUUUUUGAUUUUACUGUCUCAGGUUUGACUAGUAAUGACCAGAUUUUGAUACCAUUCUUAUUGGUGGUAUCAGCACAACCAAUCGAUAUAUCAGAUUCAGCGUCCACGCUUUUGAAGAGAAUUAAGAUACCAUAUGAUGAUGAAACUUUUGUUAAAUAUCUCUCAGAUUUGUUUUGCGGCAAUAUUGCUGAGCAUCUACCACCUGUGAAUCCUCAAAUCCAGGAAAAAAUACUGGGACUUCUAACGCGAAGUAUUCUGAUAACGAGGUUACCCAAUUUGCCUCUGAGGAUAUCAAUGGACGGCAUUGCUAGUCGCAAUCUGAGAGUCAAAUUAGCUGCCCUGGUUUUCAUUCGUCAUGUUGCCAAAAACAAUCACCUAGCGUUACGAGAAACAACCGGAAAUGAUAUGACUUCAAUCAUUACUGCUAUUAAGAAUGAUAUUCAAUUAGCAGGUUGGCCACGGUACAAUUCUCAGGAGGAAAACAAAUUGUCUGGCAUCACCCUACGAACAUCACAAUAUGAGACGCUAGGUCAGCUUUUGAGGCAAGAUUUUGACUCUGUUAAGAAUUUUGAAAUGGUAAAGUUUCUAUUAGAAUCCUUGAACGGGGAUCUUAAUGAAUUCAGAAUAACAAUAAAAGAUGCAUUGGGGUCUUUGGUACAUCAUUUCCCGCUUCUUCCAUCAGAAUCAAAAAAGCAGUUGAAGCAAUUUUUAUCUAGUACACUGAAAGAUAAUUAUGCGUUACUACACGGUACCUCUGAUGAAAAAGAAGCAAUCAUGACCUUGAGAUUUGUCGGCAUGAAAUUCAAUAAUGCCGCAUUUCCGUUUGAAGACAAUGAGGCAAGAGUUUUUAGUAUUUUAGGGACUAGCCGAUUGAACCGUUUUGAUGUUGUUCAAGAAGCAUUCAAAGGUCUAAGCCCAUAUCAGUUUAGAAUGAACAGGGCGUCUUUGGAAACUGGUUUUGUGUCAACGGAUACUUUGUUGGCCAAAAAAAUAAGUGAAACAAGGUUUGUUGACUUUUCCUCAUUUAUAUCUUUAUUCUUAUCUGAAGCCCAAAACAAAAGUGAACACUGUUCUAUAAAGGACUGCAUUGUCACAGGAGUUAGAUUCCUUCGGCACACAUUAAUAUCCAAUUCUAUUUACGGUAAGAGAACUGUCGUUUUGCAGGAUGAAAAUUGGUCCAUGCGCAUCGAGAAAAGUCUCGAGGUCGAUGAGAAUGUAAGGAAACAUGUUCAUGAAAAUAUCGAGCAUCUCUCAGAAUCUACUGUAUCUUCGGUAUUGCUGUUCUUAUUUAACGAGAUAAUACAUGAGAAUAAUGUUUCUUCCAAGGACGAUCCUGUUUUCUCCAAGUUAUUCCUAGUUCUUGUCACUUACGCUAAAAACGAUGUUAUCAUGAAAUCCGAGAAUAUUCUAGCAUCCACUUUAAAACGAAUCAAUACUAAACAAAGUCCGCCUGACAUCUAUACGGACUCUCUCGUAAAUUCAUUCGGGAUUAUUGGAGCAAGAAUUGGGUUAAGUUCACAUUCUGUGUCCCAAAUACUGGCAACUGACUUUGAUCAGGAAUCGAAUAAUCCAUCCGCAAUUAUACCGGUUUUAGUGUACCUUUUGGCAUCUUUAAUCCCCAGAUUGCAGUUACUACAUUCUGUUGAAUUUGGAACUGUUGUUUCAAGAAUCUUACAGAAGAUAACAAAGCAAUAUUUAUCUGGUAGUUGUAGAGAGUUGUCUUUGAAAGCAUAUUGUGAACUUUUAAAGUAUAGAACUUUGGAUUCGCUUGAUGCUGUUAACAGGAAGUCCAUAACUAUUUCAAUAAAGGAUGCCAUAAAAGACAAGCUAUUCAAUGAUGAGCUAGCUAUAAUGACUUGGGGCUAUCUCUAUAUGAACUCGAAUGAAACUGAAUUCGAUGAUUAUUUAGGAGUUUAUGAGACAAUUCAUUCUUCCAAACAUAUUGAUUACCUAUUUGUUUCAGGUGAAAGUUUAACAAUCAUUUUGGGUGGAUGGAAUUCUAAGUUGUUGGAAAGACAGCUAGAUAUCAAUUAUGAUGUUAAACAUUUGCAAGAGUUAACGACGACAACAAAAUUACAGGAUGGCUUAAAUAGAGUUUUGUCGUUUUGUUCCUCCACCAAACCGUCACUUCAAAAAGCUUCAUGCAUCUGGCUUCUUUGUAUUGUUCAAUAUCUCGGGCAUUUGAGAGAUGUUUCCGCUAAGUUCAAUGAAAUCCAUGCAGCGUUUACAAAGUUUUUAGCUCAUAGAGAAGAGUUUGUUCAAGAAUCUGCUUCGAGAGGUUUAAGUAUUGUGUAUGAUAUGAGCGAUGCUGACAUGCGGGAGACUAUGGUAAAGGGACUAUUUAAAACAUUGACAAACUCCAGUUCAGCACUCUCCCUUCAAGCAGGCUCAGUGUCUGGAGAAACAGAAUUGUUUGACGCUGGUGUUUUGAGUACAAACGAUGGAUCUGUCUCCACUUAUAAGGAUAUUUUAAAUUUGGCAAAUGAGGUUAACGAUCCCGGUCUUGUAUACAAGUUUAUGGCAUUAGCAAAAAAUUCUUCUUUGUGGAAUUCUAGGAAGGGAGUCGCGUUUGGUAUUGGUGCUAUUUUUUCAAACGUUUCGUUGCAAGAUCAACUUAUCAAUGACUCUACACUUUCCAAGAGACUAGUCCCAAAACUUUUUAGAUACAGAUUUGAUCCCUCAACGGAUGUGGCCAAUUCAAUGGAUAAUAUUUGGGAUACACUAUUUCCGGAGGGAUCUCAAGCUGUUGAGAAAUAUUUCGAUAUCGUGUUGGAAGAAGUCCUAACCAAUUCCGGGAAUAGAGAGUGGAGAGUGCGUGAAGCCUCUUCUGCAGCUCUUCUGCAUUUAGUACAAACUUAUCCACUCGAAAAUUUUGAAAAUAAAUUCGAAGAAAUUUGGACUGUUGCGUUCAGAUUACUGGACGACAUCAAGGACAGUGUCAGGAAAUCCGGCACAUCCCUAGCACGUACUCUCUCGAAAAUACUUAUAAGGUCUAUAAAUGGUCACAAGAAUACUGCAAGAAUGCAACAGAGUAAAGUCUUAGAUAUUAUUUUGCCGUUCUUGCUGGGCACUAAAGGAUUGAAUAGUGAUGCCGAAGAAGUUCGUAUUUUUGCACUUAACAUGCUUCUUGAUUUGAUCAAAGAAAGCAAAGAAUCGCUUAAAUAUUAUGUUCCUACAUUAGUGUAUGAAUUGACGAUGUUGCUAUCUGUGUUGGAACCGCAGGUGAUUAAUUAUUUGACAUUGAACGCCGAUAAAUUCAAUGUUAAGGCUUCUGCAAUUGAUGAGCACAGGUUACAGGGAGUUACAAACUCACCAAUUAUGCAAGCAAUAGAAGCGUUAAUCGAUAUUUCAGACUCAAACGAUGAAAAAAUCCAGAAAUUGGUAGAUUCUUGUAUUCUUGCUUCCAGGAAAUCUGUGGGUUUGCCAUCCAAUAUUGGUGCUUCACGCGUACUUCAACUCCUUUGUAUCAGACAUUCUAUCAUCUUAAAACCGUACUGUGGUAAACUCUUGAAGGCUUGCUCGAAUGGAAUGAACAAUAAAAACGUGGUAGUGGCUUCCUCGUACGCAUCUUCAUUUGGAAGACUAUUCAAAGUGUCAACAUUAGACAAGCAGAUUAAAUACAGUGAAAAGGUGGUUCAGAAAUUUUUUGAAACAGAAGACUUCGAGAAACAAAAAGUAACUGGUGUAGCGAUCGAAUCGAUCCUUAAAUAUUCUGCCGAAGAUUUUGAUAAUGUCGCCAAUAUUUUGAUGCCAUUGGUUUACAUCGCAAAACAUUCACUCAACGGGAGUAUAGCUGAUCAAUUUGAUGGUAUUUGGAUUGAAUCAUCCAAAUCCGGCUCAAGCUCAUUGGACAUCUGUUUUUCAGAAAUCGUUGAUUUGGUAUCUAUUCAUAUCAAGUCUAAUAUAUUCUCUAUCCGACAGACUUGUACAUCCGCGCUUUGUAAGGCAUGCCAAAAUUACAACGGCCCCUUGAAGCCCGAUAUAGUGAAUAAUAUCUUUGAAGUACUAUUGGAAGCCUGUCAAGGAAGAUCUUGGGAUGGUAAAGCAUCUGUAGUAUCAGGAGUUCUUGAAAGCUUCAAAAAAUUAUCUGCUCGUGUGACGUUAGAUAAAUUUUGUCAGAGAAUUGAUACGAUGAUAAUUGCAGAGCUUUCUAGAAGGAACAAAUCUUACGUUAAAGGUCUCAUACAACCAUUUGCUGAGUACGUCUUUUUCAGAAAUGAUCAAAAGUUGUAUGAAAAGUUAAUCGACGUCACACAGGAAGUAUUCUUAGAUCUUGAACUUGAAGACAAUAAUGAGACGCACGAGUCAAAUGACAACAUGAAGAGCAAAAAGCCACGACUACUGAAUGACCUCAAUCGCGCUUCAUCUAAAAAAAACAUUGAAAUGGAAAACUAUAGGAUAGAGAUUAUCAAAACGGUCGCUAAGGGAUAUAAGGAUAUUUUACAUGAAGAAAAAGGGAUCAAUACCAAUAAUGUGAUCAAGUUGGUGUUCGAAUUUAUGAAAGGAAUGUUUGAAAGUUCUAAAAUAUUGUAUAGCUGGAGAUCAGAAUUGGCCUAUUUUGACGUAGCAAUUCUUCUCAUUACACCAUGGACCAAAACUGAAGUUUCCUCAAAUGAUGUAUCUCACAUUUUCAUUGAUAUCUGGAAAUAUGGCCACGCUCUAUGCAACAAGAAAGAAGUUAUUGAAAGUGUCAAGAUAAAGCUGAUAAGGUAUGGUGGGCUAUUGAAAGAAAAGUUCCCCCACACCAAUACCAUGGUCGACUUUGGCAUUUUGGAGAUUCUUAGAGUGGAUGACUCCUCAGUAUUGAAAGCUGAAGCUUUAAAUAUUGGAAUAUCUCAGUAG